UGAGCCGACCCACCCACCGCCUUCCGCCGGUGGGUGGUCUGCAGCGGAAAGGAAUUUUCACCGGAAAGGAAGAAAUUCAUAUUUUUAUUAUUUUGAAGCCAUACAAACCACCAAACAUGCCUAAAUCUUGCAAAAUUCGAGAAGAACGUGUAAACGAGGCCGCUGAAUACGCUCGUUGCAAUAAAAAUCUCUCUAUAGCAAAAAUUGCGCGAGAUUUCGAGGUUCCCUAUCGCACACUCCACGGACGCGUUUCAGGCAAUCGAUCGCCUCGUACUGCUCAAAUCCCACAAAAUAAAACGCUCAAUGAGUAUCAGGAGGAGGCUUUGAAGCGGUGGAUCAUUCGUAUGGAUGAUCUUUAUCUUUCUGUUACGAUAUCAAUGAUUAAAGAGAUGGCAAAUCAGACCUUGCAGCGUACGGGAUUGAAUCAACGUGUUUCCGCAACAUGGGCGUAUCGCUUCAACCAGAGGCUUCUUGAUCAUCUCAAAUUGAAGAAGAUAGUUCAAAAACCGAAAGAAAAGAAGCGAUUAGAUGCUGAAGAUGUUGGACUGCUUCAAUUCUGGUAUAAUCAGCUCUUCAACGUGCUUAAAGGCCUUCCUGCGCGCCUCGUAUACAAUUUCGAUGAAUGCGGUUUUCAAUCAAGCAAAGGAAAGCGUCAAAACGUCCUGACUAGGAAAGGAAGAGUUCGUGAUCUUGCAGAAUCCGAGCAUUCUGAAAAUAUAACAGCGCUUGAAUGCAUUUCUGCAGACGGCUGGAUCAUGAAACCACUUUUUAUCUUCAAAGGCAAGAAGUUUAUGAAAAACUGGUAUCACGAGGAUCUACCUGACCUCUAUACUGCAGUAUCAGAAAAAGGCUAUAUCAACGAUAAACUCGCGCUUGAAUGGCUUCGCUUAUUUCACGAGGAAACUCUGAAUCGCACCAAAAAAGGAGAAAAACGCGUGCUGAUCUUUGACGGUCAUACUUCACAUAAAACAGUUGAAUUUCUUCAACUCUGCGAGACCUACGAGAUUAUUCCUUUCUGUUUUUUAUCUCAUACAACGGAUAUCUGUCAACCUCUUGAUGGGACCCCUUUUCUUGCAUAUAAACAGAAAUUCAAGACGAAAAACAAUGAGAUAUCUCAGUGGACCGGGAAGUCCGGAGAUAAAGCAACUUUUUUGAAGGAUAUCGUGGCCACGCGCGCGGAAAUCUUUAAGCAACGGCGUAUACGAGAAUCCUUUAAAGAACGCGGAAUCUUCCCUCCAAAUGGAUCGUCAAUUAUUGAAGCACUUGAAGAAACUCUACCGCCGAUUCCGUUGAUAUCAGCGCCUGAUCUUCGGCCGUAUGGAGAGACUACGCCUCCUCCGAAUCCUGUCUCUUUAAGCGUUGAAAACACGCCUCCAAGAAGCUCUAUACAAGCUCAAAAAAAUGAGAAGAAGAUCGCUCAAAUCUUCACGAGCGAAGGUUUGACCCCGAAGGUCAAGCGUAACCUUGAGCGUAUCCUACACCAUGCGAAGAUUCAAUGUGAAGAUCUCGCGAAUACGAUCACUACUCUUCAACGAAUAGAGGCGCUUUCGGGCCCGCGCAAGCGAAAAUCGACUAAGCGAGAGGUAAAGGGCCUUUCGGAUAGUUGAAUAUUGAGUGUAAAGGAUGCAAAUGGCUCUAUCGCGAAUAAACGAGCGAAAGAGGCCGCCAGCAAGGAUAAGAGAUUGAAUAAGGCGUAUAAAGAGAAAUACGGUUGUUUACCUCCUCAACCUGCAGUCCCUGAUGCAGAAUCAGCUACUGAUUGUAUUGAUAAUAUCGCUUGUUUUGAUCCUCCGCGUG